AUAUGUGGAAAACGAUUUAGCGAAAAAGGACAUUUAAAGACACACAUGAGUAUCCAUACAGGACAGAAGCCUUUCUGCUGUGAUCUAUGUGGACAAACAUUUUGCAGAAGAGGAAAUUUAACCAGACACAUGGGAAUCCACAUAGGACAUAAGCCUUUCCGUUGUGACGUAUGUGGAAACAGAUUUAGCCAACAUACAACUUUAAACAGACACAUGAGAAUCCAUACAGGACAGAAGGGUUUCUGUUGUGAUCUGUGUGGAAAAAGGUUUUGGGAAGGAGGAGACUUAACCAUACACAUGGGAAUCCACACAGGAGUGAAGCACUUCUGUUGUGAUCUAUGUGGAAAAAGAUUUAGCCGAAAUACAACUUUAAACAGACACAUGAAAAACCAUACGGGACAGGAGCCUUUCUGUUGUGAACUAUGUGGAAAAACAUUUAGCCAAAAGUCAACUUUACACAGACACAUGAGAAUCCAUACAGGACAGAAGCCUUUCUGUUGUGAUCAAUGUGGAAAAAGAUUUAGCGAAAAGUCAAGUUUAAACACACACAUGAGCAUCCAUACAGGACAGAAGCCUUUCUGCUGUGAUCAAUGUGGACAAAGAUUUUGGAUUAGAGGACAUUUAAACAGACACAUGGGAAUCCACAAAGGACAGAGGCCCUUCUGUUGUGAUAUAUGUGGAAAAAGAUUUAACCAAAAUACAACUUUAAACAGACACAGGAGAAUCCAUACAGGACAUAAGCCUUUCUGUUGUGAUAUAUGUGGAAAAAGAUUUACUCAAAAUACAACUUUAACCAGGCACACAAGAAUCCAUACGGGACAUAAGCCUUUCUGUUGUGAUCUAUGUGGAAAAAGAUUUAGCCAAAAGUCAACUUUAAACAGCCACACGAGAAUCCAUACAGGACAGAAGCCUUUCUGCUGUGAUCUAUGUGGAAAAAGAUUUUGCCAAAAAAACCAUUUAUACAGACACAUGAAACUUCAUGGAGGAGGGGAAAAGGCUCUGCUUUGAAUACUAACUUAAACUGCACAGCUUUAGUUUACUAUGAGAUGUUUGUGUUGUUAUUAAAGGCAACAGUCUUCACUUGUUAGUUUCAGAAUUUCUGUAGUAGCUAAGUAUUAGAUUUGUUUAGAUUUUUUUAAACUUUAUUUCAUCUGUUCAGACUGAGCUGUGGCACGGAUGUGUUCUCAGCCUAUGCAUGCUGCUCUAACCACUAGGUCCACCCUCCUAGUUAGUGAGAUUUUUUUAACGGCGUCUGGUGUUUUUCCCACCUUAGGAACGGUGUUUUUGUUUUGAUUGUGAUUGCUUUUAGUUAACCUGUGGGUCCCCUACAGCGAACCUCUGAAUUUACCUUAAAGAAACAGAAUUUUAUCCUUGAUAGAUGAGUGAUGUGCCCUGUAACUGGUUAGGAUAACAUUCACAUACAAUUGAAACCAGAAGUUUACAUAAACUAUGUAAAACGAUAUGAAAGACUUCAAACACAUUUCCUGUUUUAGCUCCAUUAGGAUCACCAGAAUUAUUUCUAGUUUGUAAUUGCCAGAAUAAUGAGAGACCUUAUUUUAGACAUUGUUUAAUUAUUGGUUUCAAGUUCAGAAGUUUACUUUGUUGUGAUAUCAGCUAGGAGAUACAAUAUCAGACUGUUUUUGACUGUCAGAGGCUGCAGGUAUCAGAUAAUUGCCUCUCCCUGCAAGCGGGGCACUGCUAUGAACGCAGGCUCUCAUCCUGUCAUCUCUCUCCUUGUCCCUGAGCCCUUAAGAAGAGUACAUCUCCACUGGGCAGACAAAGCCACCAUGGACCCGCAUUGGGUUCAGAGACUCACAAUCAUGCAGGGUCGGCCAAGCUAAGUACUGUCUGCUUGUGGAUCAAAAUUAAAGCAACAGGAAGUUUUCUAAGCUGACCAGGAAGCCGAGCCCGCAGCAGUGCAGAGAUCCCCAACGCAUGCAAUCAGAUACUGGUGUAAAGCUCCUCAGACCUGGUUUCCCAAACGACGGCUUUUUCCCCAAGCUUGACAUUUGCCCCUCAUCGUCGACCGGCACCAGCUUCGCCCUAGCCCAACUGGGCACCACAGAGGUUAACUCAUCAAGCUAAGUUAAACAAUGGCCACUGGAUGCACCCCGGCACAUCAUUUCCAGUCGAUGGUCUGGUACAGCAUCUUCUAGCUUCCUAAAUUACCCACUUGAACAGUGACGUGCAGUCAGGGGAGGCAAGUGUGGCCAGCCCUCACUUCUCAUCAUGUAAAGAAAGAAAAUAUAUAAUGAUAACAUAAUAUAAAUUGUGAUUCACUCAAUUGUGUAAUAAAAAGUUAUUUUUUUAAUCCAAUUUCCUCAUUUUUGAUAAUAUUUUCUUUAAAAUCUCAGACUUUUCGCUAUUUUCCAUGUAAAUCCUUGGUGGCCCUUGAUAGCAAAGCAGGUAGUUCCUUGGCCUCUAGGCAGGGGGCCCUCAAAGGGCACCGCUCCUGAUCCCAAAACUGUAGAGUGAUGGCAAGUUAUGGAUGUAUUAUUAGUGAGUUAUGGUAAACAGUUAAAGUCAUAAAAAGACUCUAAACAUACAGCUGGAACAGGACUGAUCAAGGAAGAGACUUUUAAAACUGAAGAAGAUAAAGAGAACUUUUACUGAAAAUAUAACCGAUAUGUUUUUUCAGAAGGAGCGCCGAAUUGACUUCAUUUAUAAGUAGAGGUAAGACGGCGAUAAUUACUCAUGUUUUGUUUUUGUAAUGAAAUGUGCGUAAUGUGGGUAAUAGUUUUUGAAUGUG